CCUAGGCGACUCCCUUUUGACCCUUCUUCUUCUUCCUCCUCCUCCUCCCUCGGCUCCGCUAUAUAUACACGCAGCAACCACCUCUCACUUCCCUAGCUAUCUUCAAUUCACCACUAGAUUUCCACAUCUCCAGCCCCUUCAUAGCUCGGGAGCUAGCUGGGAGCUUGAGCGCGCACAAAUGAUGAAGAUGUUCUUCGAGGAGGACGCGCCGCGGGCAGACGAGCAGCUAUGCAUUGAGGGGAUCUCAAGCCCCAUAGCUGCUCACAUACUUGAUUUCUGCGAUAACGGUCUGGGUGAUAACCUCCUUGCCGCAGUGACCUCUACCUCCGGCCCAUUUGCUGCCUCCUCUGAGGAUGUUUCAUCCUCCUCCACUGCCACCCCUCCUCUCUGCAGCUACAGCGAUGACAUCCCAGAAAUGCCCUUCUCCCCGUUACCCUGCUUUGACUCCUCCACUCUCUCAGCCCUCCUCGAGGAAGAGCAAAAUGCUUGCCCUGAUACCAAACUCAUUCCCCCAAUCAACGAGACACUUGCAGCACCAGGAUACUAUCAAGCUGCAAACGGAGAGGCCAGCAUAGAGCAAUUCGGCCAAUCACAGCUUCCCCAGAGUAUAGCUGAACCCUUGCUGGCGAUCCAAAUGAGCAGCACUGCACCUCUCUCGAUGCCUCUUGCUCCAGGGUGUGAUGAAGAGUGCCUCACGGCAGCACUAGCCAGAGGGUACAUGAGCCUGGAUGCUGCCCUGUAUCAGCAAACAGGAGCAAUGAUCCCAAGUUACAACACAGAGGCAUCAAAAGUAGGAUUCUUCAAUGGUAAUAGUGCUAAUAGCAAUGGUAUGGUGGUGUUAGAUAUGAGUGACAUCAGUGAGUAUCAGAGGAUGAUGGAAGGUGAAGGACUGACCAGAACAUAUAGCGAUACAGAUUCCAUGAAGGGGGUCUACAACAACACUGCAGAGAUGCAGAAUGGGGGGAACAACCAAGACAUGGUAAAUGGGUGCAACGGAAGCCCACCAACAUUACCUCCAACAGAAAUCUCAGGAAUAGAAGAUUCCACCUUCAAAGUUGUGCGCCUUUCAGCUGAACAGAGGAAGGAAAAGAUCCACAGGUACAUAAAGAAAAGGAAUGAGAGGAACUUCAGCAAAAAAAUAAAGUAUGCUUGCAGAAAAACUUUAGCAGAUAGCAGGCCCCGUGUCCGUGGAAGGUUUGCAAAGAACGAGGAACUUUGUGAAGCAACAAGAUCAAGCUCCCAAAAUCAUGAACAGUAUGGACAGAUUGCGGGUGCAGAUGGAGAAGACAUGCUUGACUCGUCCGAUAUUCUGGCACAUUUGAGUGGGAUAAACAACUACAGCUAUAAGUAUAAUUGUACCAUUGAAUCAUGGAUAUGACUACCACACCUGCACAAACUGAAGUCUGUGCUCUGCUUUCAGUUCUGCAACCAUAAUCCAUAGUUUCCCCUUGAUCCUAGUAAAAUAAGGCUACAGCUUUACAGGUUCUGUCACAGGAGAAGUGCUUUUAGUUCAAGUUAUUGUAGACUUGGUGUAUUGUAUCAAUCUGUUCUCACCUUUUGCCGUUCUUAACAGUGAGUGUGUUAGUUAGAGUCUCCAGAGCAGUGAUUUGUAAAAAUAGAAUUGUGUCCUUGUCGUAAUAAACAGUAUCAAGAGUUACCCA